AUGGAGCCUAGGGAAGGCGUCUUGGAACUCCUGUUGGUCAGCGCCGAGGGCCUCAAGCAUGCUCAUCAUCACCCGCGACGAUCAAAAAGACAUUACGUGACCAUUGAGUGCGGGGACAAAAUUGUGACGAGCAAAAUCACACAAGGUAGGGGUAAAAAGAUUUGGUGGAACGAGAAGUUCAGGUUCGCACUGACAGACGCCGAACGCAAGGAGCUGGAGAAGGUGACGCUGACGAUCAUGGAGAUGGACAAAUUCACAGAAGACACCGCCGUCGGCGAAACCAGGGUGUACGUCGGCGAGAUCAUCAGCGAGGGCAGCGAGCUGGAGUUCCUGCAGAUGAAGCCGGCGGCGUACAACAUCGUGCUCGAGGACGGCACAUACAAGGGCGUGCUCAAGCUGGGCCUCAAGUUCAUCUCCAGCGUUAGCCUGGAGCAGUCGAGAGACUGCGUGCGGUGCCCUGCGCCGGCGACGAAGCAGACGAGCGCCGCCGGGUACGGGCUGUUUCUCAACUUCGCGCUGCCGAGCAUCCCGUGGAGGAGGCUCUUCUUCUUCUGCAGUCGCUGGGCCUGGAACCAUGGACAAGCGCCGAGAAAGAGAAGAUUGACCACUCCCCAGUUUGUAUCUGCAUUGGCUGGAAUCUGGAAUCUUGUUGGCCAGCCUGAAUCAUCUGGCACAACUCAAAGAUCUGAGAUUCAUGGGACUUCGAGUAGGGAAGACCAUGUGUGCUUUAGCAGGGAUCAACAAGGAAAUAUACUGACACCUUGCUAUGUGGAAAGCUCAAGUGGUCUGAGAUCUCAAAACUGUUUGUCUACACCUAAACAAAUUUAUGAGGAUCUUAUUUCGGUAAAAAAGAUGUUGACGCUGACACCAUUCAAUAGCGUUAUUGGUGCAUCAUCCACAUGGAGGCAUAUGUCCACAAAUAAGGUUGGAGGUGCACAUUAUUUGCACUGUGGAAAUAUAUACUCUAUGCUAACUGAAAAGAUUGGGACUUCUCAGAGUAGCAAAAGAAGCAUGUGUGAGGAAACUUAUGCUUGUUCCACCAAUAUGGACAUUAGGGACGAUAACUAUUUGAAUCAAACAAGAAGCACGCCUGACGAGCUAUUUACUAUCUCAAAUGAAGAAGCUAGCAGUACACAUGACCGUGAAAGUUCUCAACACAAUACUGAAUGUAAUCUAGAAAUUUUCCAAGAAGAAAAUAUUUUUUUAGCUUGCCCAGUGCACGAAAUGGAAAUUGGCAAAGACACGAGGAUAAUGCCAGGAAAUCAGGUUUUCAGUAAGGCAUGCACAGAUGUUCAGCUUCACGAAUCGAAACACAUGUCUUGUCUGGUGGGUGAUACUGUUGUCCUCAAUUCAGAAAAUGCAGAUGAACGUGCUUGUAGAGAUGAUGUGUGUCUGCAGCUUUCUGUAGACAAGUGUUCACAAGAGCUCCAACCAACUUUUCAGCAUCGAUUUGAUGGUGCUGUUACCGUAAACAGGCAUGCUGUGGCAGGAGCAUUAGCUGGGACAGCAGUCAGUGUUUCUUUGCAUCCAAUUGAUACUGUGAAAACGAUAAUUCAGGGUAACAGUUGUGGACAAAGUUCAGUCUACCAUACACUAAGGCGCACCCUUGUUGAGAGAGGCGUUCUGGGGCUAUAUGGAGGACUUGCUAGCAAACUUGCUUGUUCUGCGCCAAUUUCUGCAAUUUAUACUUUAACUUAUGAAACAGUCAAGGGGGCUCUUCUGCCUGUUUUUCCAAAGGAAUAUCAUUCAAUUGCGCAUUGUGCUGCCGGUGGCUGUUCUAGUAUUGCAACAUCCUUUGUUUUUACACCCAGUGAAUGCAUAAAACAACAAAUGCAAGUGGGUUCCCAUUAUCAGAACUGCUGGAAUGCUUUAGUAGGAUGCCUCAAAAAGGGUGGCAUUGCUUCAUUAUAUGCUGGAUGGGGUGCUGUUCUUUGCAGAAAUAUCCCACAUUCCAUAGUAAAGUUUUAUGCCUAUGAGAGUCUGAAGCAGUCUCUGUUGAAAUCAGCACCUGAUAGUGCCAAACUCAAUUCUGGCCAAACGCUUUUAUGCGGAGGUUUUGCUGGGUCAACUGCUGCUCUCUGUACAACUCCAUUUGAUGUUGUCAAGACACGAGUGCAAUUACAGGCACUCAGCCCUGUUAGCAAGUAUGAUGGGGUGGUUCAUGCACUAAAAGAAAUUUUCCGGCAUGAAGGCUUGUGUGGUCUUUACAGGUACAAAGAUUUGCCAGAGGCAUACCAAUCUAGUUAA